AUGGACGACCAAACACGCACCCUCUGGUGCGGCAACCUAUCGGAGAAAGUGACCGAAGAGCUCCUGUGGGAGUUAUUUCUGCAAGUGGCCCCCUUAGAGCGCGUCCGAAUCCCAACCGACAAAAGCGGCCGUAAAACAAACUACGGCUUCGUUACAGUCAAACACGAGUGCUCCGUUAGUUACGCCGUGCGCCUACUUGACGGUACCCCCCUUUUCGACCGCAGGAUCAUCAUAAAACCGAAGGGCCAAAAUGUUCAGCAGCCCAGCCCUGGAGACAUGUACAGGAACCCCUACCAGCACAACAGGCCCCACCGGCAGACGCCCUACCAAAGGUACGACAAUCAUAAUCACAACCACAACCAUAGGCCCAACUGGAAUAAUAAUAAUCACAGGAACCGCAGGAGAUAUUGA